AUGCAGGGGGCCGUGGUCUCAAGGGCGGCGCUCGCCGAGAUGACCCACACUCAGGAGUCGGCUUCUCCGCUGCCGUUCGGCCCACCUGCUCUUGCUCAAGGGGCUUGGCGGCAGGCGGCAGUCAGCUCUGACACCGCCGUGCCGGAGACUUCUCAGAUUGCAGUUCGCAAUCGCAAUCGGGCGGAGAUGGAGUCCCGGGCGCUCGCCCCCGAAGAUCGUCCACCUGUUCAGCCGGUGGACUACGAUCAGAACGAGGAGGAGGGCACCCGUGGGCACAUGAUCGAUGCUGCCAGGGACGAUGCUCGGCAGGAUCGUUCCUUUGCCCGCUCUACGGCAAAGCUCACACCGGCACAGUUCGCCGAGCUGGCCGACACGUACCACAACCCGGCUGGUCACGCCGCCUCGUCGGCAGCUCAGUCCUCCACGGUCGUGGUCGAAGAGGCCGAGCCGGAGAACUUGCUGGCUCCAUCAGGGGAGCCGACCUCGAUGUUGCGGGAAGCAGCGCCAGCCGAUCGCUGGACAGCGAAGAUCCAUGCUUACCCGUGUUUCGACCAUGGGUUUCGCCAGGCGAUCGUGGCGACUCGGCUUGCGGAGAUCCCAUUCGUCCUUUCGAUGGACGCCGGGACGCCCGAGCAGUUCGCCGCAAUGUCUCUCAACUGGACGGCCAGCUCGGCUAAGUCGGAGCACGACCUCCUGGCUCCAAGGACCCAAAUGCUCGAGCAGUAUUGGGUGUUCGUAAAGGCAGCGGAAUCGCUCUUCGUCGAGUCUCUCGGCUACCAGAUGGGCUUUGCUCGCUGCUCCAAGGUGCCUAGAGAGCGGUCUGCAAAAUCGAUCGCACACUUUCAGCGAGAGAUGGCCGUUCGAGCCCUAGCUGCACCAGUUCUGGCUCCCUCGGCUAGACCGCGGCUGCCGGCAAGCUCUUCUUCUCCCUCGGCGACUCCACUGCUCGACUUAGAGAACGCCGAGAAGCAGAAAUGGGCUAAGCGCCUGAAGGCGAUCGCCGAUCGGGCCGGCGAACAUGCUCGGCCCGAAGGGGUCCACGAUGCUGAAGGGAUCCUUUCAGAAGAGGAACGUGCUCGCCUUCGGUUGUUGGUUUUCACCUCGGGGGCGCCUUCUACCAUGGCAAACCACAUUCGAAGGUUCGAGAAGUUCGAGCUGUGGGCUCGGCACGUGCCGCUCCCCCUCUACCCUAUCUCGGAUGACAAGAUCUUGAAGUACGCCAUGGAGCUCGACUCGCGGGAAUGCGGCCCAACUGUUCUUCCUUCACUCCGCAUGGCUCUAAAAUGGGUGGCUUUUAGGAUCAACCUCAAGCUCCCUUCCAUCGAGACGGCGGAGCUCAAGGCACUCGAGAAGGAAAUCUUCACGCAGCGGGGGCGGCCGCUGAAGGAAGCGAUCGCUUUCCCGCUCGAGCUGGUCCAAGCGAUGGAGCGCUUUGUCGCCAACACCAAGACUGAGAGAAAGCGGCGCGGCACCAAGUUCAUGGUGCCGGACGUUGCCUUCUCGAAAGUGGCUUGGUUCAAGAUCGGAAGUGACUUGUUCGACGCGCAAUUCCCGCUCGUGGAACGCGACUUCUGGAUUCCCGAGCUCGACACAAAGGAUCGCUGGCGCCAGACUCCCCCUGACUACGCUCGCUCUCUCCAGUGGCUCCACCACUUGGUCUGGCUCGCAGGGUCCUCUCUUCCAGCCAAAAUGAUCAAAGAGCUGGUGCAGGAGGUCUCGCGCGAGUUCGUGCCCCUCUGUGCUCAAGAAGAUGACACGAUCGAGGACGCAGAGGUCGAGCACGAGUUCGCUACUCCUCCGAAGCGGCCUCGCUCGAGGUCCCCGCCGCCAACGCCCCCGAAGAAUGAGGCCAAGACUCGCAAGAAUCGCGCUCGCCGGCAGAAAGAGAAGGAGUUGCUCAAACAAGCUCGUGCAGAGCGCGAUCGCGCUCGCGACCACGCCAAGCCGAACAAGCCUUCGGUGCCUAAGCUCACAGAGAAGGACAAGGUCGAUCGCGUCCCAGAGAAGGAAUGGAAGAAGAUCAUGUCCUUCUCUUACACUGGAGCUCGCCGCUGCCCAUGGUUCAACUGCUCGCUCGGCUGUCGGUCGGAGAUGCCCCAGGAUCCGGACACAAUCCGUGAGCUCGGGCCCUGGUGCCUGGAGAUCUUUGCCGGGUCUGCUGGUCUCACUGCGGCGAUCGACUUGUUGGACGCACAGGUCUUUGAAUGGCUGCUCUUGCUGUGCCGUAUGGGGGCGAUCGUCUAUCUGCACUUGGGCGUUCCCUGCGCCACGUUCAGUGUGGCUCGGGAUCGGCCCGGAGGACCUCCUCCCCUGCGAUCGCAAGCGUUGCCACUUGGCCUCCGCGUUCUCAAGCAGCACCAUCAGGCGCAGCUCUUCGAAGCCAAUGAGCUCUUGUGCCGAUCUCUUCUUCUUUUCGAGGCUGUGAUCCAAGCAGGUGGAGAUGCUUCGAUCGAGAACCCCAGGGAUAGUCUGAUCUGGCAGGUCCCUCAGGUUCAGCAGCUCAAAGUUCGUCUUCACCUCUACAACGUCGAUUUCGAUCAGUGCGAGUACGGAUCGCCUCACCGGAAGCCUACUCGGCUCCUGGUCAGUCAUGCUGCUCUUCUUGCUCUUGCACGUGCCUGCUCAGGUGAACACGUUCAUGUGCCUCUUCGCGGCCUCACCAGGUCGGAAACCGGCCAGAAGAUCUUCAAGACUAAGGCGGCUCAGGUCUACCCCUCGGAGCUCUGCGCUGCCUGGGCGAUCGCCGUGACUGCAAUCGUUCAGAGGUCGGCCCAGCAGUUCGCCGCCUCCUUUGCUCUCACGGCUCCGUCAGCAGAACGCAAGCGAUCUUUAGGAUCUCUGAUUUCUUGGAAAGGACAUCGCCAAGCCGCUGCCGCUCGGCUGGCGGCGGCAGGUGGCUAUCAGCUCAAACGUGGUGCCGCCAAGCCGUUGCUCGACGUGGAGUGUGAGCCAGGUCAAGCCAUCCAAUGGUCUCUUCAGGUCCGGCAUCCGUUCACUGUUCAGCCGGCGCUCCCCGACAAGAUCGUCGACAACAUCAAGUUCAUUGUCUCCUCUCCACAGGCGCUCGUGGCUCGCCGUUCUGAGCGCCUUCAGUUUUGGCAGCAGCGCGCUCUCGCGCUGCUUCCGGAGACCGAUCGCAUUUUGCGCUCUAUUGCCGACGCUCCUCUUCGUCGGCUUCUUCGGGGUGCUCCGGAUUAUGCUGAUCUGCAGCUGGGCUCUUGCACGCAUGUGGCGCUCUACGACGAGCUCUUCGCAUCCAUUGGCUGCGCAGAUCAUCAAAUUCUCCAGGGCAUUCGCGGUUUGUUGCACGUGGCGGGCACGGACAUCACGGUUUACACCUCCGAGAAAGUUCAGUGUGAAUGGGUGGCAGCAGAGGCUCUUUGGCUGUUCUUCCGGACGCACAAAGACUCGAAGCGUUUGGAACUGUUUCGGCGAUGUGACGCGGAUCAGGAUGCAUGGUUCAAGGAGCGGACAAUAACCACGUCCGUGCUUCUGGCGACCGCAGCAUACAGCAUCAACCACAAACACAAGACCAGAGUGGACAGGGCCAAGGCAUGCAAGGGGUUUGCAAAACUUUUGUCGAUGCUGGCUAGCACGACGGGUGGGUUCACGCUUGAGCACGACCGGUUUGGAGACGAUGAACGGUUACAUCUGGCCGUGGAUUUCGGAGGACGUCUGUCGGGUCAAGAUUUUUGGACAACGGAGUUUUAUGACCAGCAUGUCCAAGACAGUUGGGAGGCUGAUCGCAGGAACGACAAGAAACCUUGGAUCUCGAGUGCGAGUGGCUUGGAACAAGUGUCACUGGCGGAAUUGCUUUGUUUCGCCCUGGACCCACAGCACACAGCAGCAAUUCAAGAUUCCGUGCUGUGCCGUGUGCUCAACCUUCUGUCGGAGAUCGCCGAGUACACAGACUCUGCGUGCUCGAAGGUGCAGCGAGAUGCAGAGGUUAUGACAGACUUGCAACGAGUAAAAAGCAAACAGAAACGGAAACAUCAUGUGGUCCGUGUACUGACGGAAAGAGUGGUCCGCAAGCUUUGGGAGAAGCUUGUCUCGAAGGCCGUGGCAGCGGUCGGGCGCAAUCUGAAAUUGAAAGGGGCGCAGAUUCAUGCGCCGGCAAUGGUUUUCAUGGACGCAUCCACAGUGGGGAAGCAGGCCACAGAGCUUCUUUGGCUUUAUUCACCAGAGCACCAGCUUGGUGGGUGGGCUCCGCCCUUGGCUGCGAACUCAGGGUCUGAGAGCGUGUGCUCCAUGGAAAGUGGCACAGCUUCGGAUGCGCCGCCUUGGACCCAAUCUUCAGAAGACAUGGUCGAGGAUGUGCCUCUCGCGCAGUGUGCUCGCUGCGUGCAGCUUGCGUGGUCGACGAUUGUGCGAGUUUGUGGACGUUCUCAUUUGAAGGAGAUGUCGGCAAGAUGCCGCCAGCUGAUCACAGACCACGCUCGCUGGUGCGAGGAAGUUGUUGGCCAGCGCCCGCUUCCCUGCGUGCAUGGUGAUUUGACAGACAUUUUGCCAGCCGGCAGCGUGGACCCGAAUGGUACCUUUAUGCAGAGGGUUCGCGCCAUUGACAGGGCCGACUUUUGUGCAGGCCAGUACUGCUAUCAGCAUGGGAUGGUGUGCUCUGUGUUGGGUGACUUUGCAAAGAAGCCGGACUACGACAUCAGUGGCUUGCCCUGCCCCGAUUUCAGUAGGGCUGGGCAGAGGCGAGGAAGAGAAGGCCCAACAGGCACUGUGUUUGCGUGUCAUGCGAAGCUUCACAUACAUUUGGGCACGCCGUUGCUUGUCAUUGAGAAUGUGCAGGAGCUGGACAUGCACAUGAUCAGAUUGCUCUAUGGCCGCUACUACGAUAUCCAGCAGCUCUGGGUAACUCCAAGUGACCAAGGUCACGCAGCUGUUGCCCGAGCUAGAACCUACCUGAUCCUGGCCAGGCUCGGCCAAGUGGAGCAGGUGCACGACCCAAGCUUUGUCUAUGACCAGGUCACUGACAACAUCAAAGCUCGAGUCCAAACCCGUCCGAGGGAUUACUUUGUGGCUACACGAAACCAGGUGCUUCAAGAAGCACAACACACGGCCAGGGUCCGCAACGUGGUCUUCCGGAAGGCGCGUCGCCUGGACUCUUUGCUCAAUGAACGAGAACAACGGGCUUGGAAAUGUGUGCGUCAGCGCUACCGCAAUGUUUUCCAGAGAAGGGCUGCCUCUGAUCCUGAUCUUGUGGUGCAUCUGGGCGACAACCCGGAAAACCGCUUGAUAUGGAGUGCACACUCUGGGAAAAUCCCCACCUUGAGAAGAGGGAGUGGCAAGUUGUACAUCCCGUUUUUGCAAAGGUGGAUGGUUCCUGUUGAGAAGCUCAGUGCACUGGGAUUUCCAGUGACGAAGGACACCGCCAUUGCGAUGGGGGUGCCAAUGCUGCCCGUGGUAGACCACCUCCGUGCUUCAUCGGUUGCAGGUAACUCGUUUCACUUCUCUACCGCAGCCGUUGUUCAGCUAGGACGCCGACUUGUCAAGCAGACAACGUACAAAAGUCAAGCCAAGCUGGCCGAUUUCGUCGUGCUUUCCUCAGACUCGCACAUUUUGGAUUGGCUGCAGGAUGUUGACCCCACCUAUCUCCACAAGGAUUGCAUGAAAGACCAAAGUCGGGUUCGUUUGUUCUCCUGCUUGGCCUUCAAUGCGGGAUGGUUGCCAGAAGACCCAAAGCCAGGAAAUGAUUGUGCAAGUGUUGUGGCUGCCGCCAAUGCCCAGUACGCGAAACGAGGGAAGCCGGCCCAGCACACGGGUUGGUCUGUCAAAGAGCAGCACAUGUAUAUGAGAUGGCAGUUCCACCUCUUCAAGGGCGGCCGGAUUCGUCGAGCAGACCUUGGUGGCUUUGCUUGGAAGUUGCCCGAGAAAGGAAAGCACGGCAAGCCGGCACCGCUUCCCAAUGAGGUGGUGGACUUUUGUCGUAACCCCAGCGACACAGCGCGGGAGGCCCGAAUGGUUGCGACGGACACGAGCUCGGGACACAAGGACGACCCCUACAACGGUUUCAAGCUCGUGAAUGAAGAGGAGUACGAGAUCUACGUGCAUGAUGGUUUCGUUUGCAUCGCUGGUGGCAUGCACGAGCCAUCGUAUUGCGAGGACUUGAUUAUGGAGUUCGAGGACGGGCAGCGCACUGGGGUGACCGGUGGGGUGGGGGACGUGGGUCCAGCGCCCAACCCGCGCGAGCGAGGUCGCCCCGAAGUUCGAGAGCCUCGUCGUGCUCGGUCGGCUAAGAUUGAAGAGGAGGAGGAUGAUGAUGACGAGGGGCAGCUUGCACAGCGAUUGCCAUCCGUGGAUUCUGAGGAGAUCGGGUCCAUCUAUGGGGAGGACGAGCACAAGGUCAGUGAGGCGGAUGCGGCGGAUGCAUCCUCGGACUUGCCGAGGUUGGUGCCCUUGGGGCAUGGAAGGACGCUUCUCGUGGGACCCAAGGAAGGCAAACAGCUUCUGCUUCCACGGGGCGAGUGUUGGGCCUUGAAUGAAGCGGACGCUGAGGGUCAUGUUGCUUAUGUCCUCGAGUGCCCCAGCAACCCGGAGAAGUACCAGCGCCGCUUUUACCACACAGCGCUGGGCAGCCGGCAUGCCGUGGACAUCGAGGAGUGCUAUCUUCCGCCGAAGAAGAAGGCAAGAUCGGAUGCGGGGAAGAUCACCCCGAAUCGCAGAGAAAGCAACGCCAUGCCGAAGUGUGCCGCCGCGUUCAAGGACAAGUCGGAUGGAAGUGAUCGUGGGGCCAGGGCGAAAACACUCGCCAAGCGCCCACACGAGGAGGCAAAUCCUGACCACCACGGCGAUCGCAUGAGCAUGCGCAGCGGCCGCUCGAGGUCCCCGCCGCGCUCCGGUGAGCGGUUGCGGAGGCUGAAGACGAAGACCCCUGUCACGUUCACCGAAGCGCGCUACAAGAUCCCGGAGUUUGACUCCGCCCCGACCUGGUCGGCCAAGCGGGCUCUGAAGGCAUCGGAUGGAAUCCGUGGCAAUGGCGCUGAGGCUGACACCCAGACCACCGUCAAGCCCGCCGAGGAGGAAUCCGAUAUUGAUGAGGACGGGGCGCGCAGCAAGGACACGGAGGUCGCUGAGCCGCGCGGUGCAGAGUGA